AUGGCUCAAUCAAGUGGACCGAAACCUGCAAGUGAUGUCGAGGAGAGGCCCUUGAAAAGAGUAAAAGUGGGAGAAGAUGGACGCUUCAACGGAACCUCUUCGACGCAAACAGCGCCGCCGGACGACCAACUUGAAGGUGGUAUGGAAAAGAACAUGCAGACUUUUGUUGAAGACGACUACGACGAUGAAAUAGAGGGGUAUGAGCAAUCCAAGAAUGAGCCAAAAGCAUCAGAUUUGUACUUGGACACAAUUAAUAGAGCACUUCUUGAUUUUGACUUCGAGAAAGUGUGUUCGGUCUCUCUCUCGAAUAUUAACACAUAUGGUUGUCUUGUUUGCGGAAAAUACUUUCAAGGUCGAGGACGCAAAUCAUACGCUUAUGCACAUUCGAUCCACGACGACCACCACGUCUUCAUCAAUCUUGAAACCACUAAGGUUCAUGUAUUGCCAGAUGGUUAUCCCGUGUCCGACCCUUCUUUGGAGGAUAUAUCGUUCGUCCUCGCCCCAUCCUUCACGCGCUCUUCGAUAUCAAGUCUGUCAUCAUCUUCCCAUCUACUGAAACCGUCCUAUGACUUGUCGUCGAAACCAUACUUGCCAGGAUAUAUUGGGCUCAACAAUAUAAAACGGAAUGAUCAUAUGAACGUUAUCAUCCACUCUCUUCUCCACAUCCCACCCCUUCGGGACUACUUGCUAUUGUCAAAUUUCCGCGGCAAAGAGUCCGAGCUUGUCAAACGAUUUGCUACUCUUGCCAAGAAAGUCUGGAACCCUAGGCUAUUCAAGAGUCAAGUAAGCCCACACGAGUUUCUACAGGAGGUCAAUAGAGCCAGUACAGGAAAAUUCAGGCUAGAGCAGCAGGGGGAUCCGGUUGAAUUUUUAGGCUGGCUCUUGAACCGUCUUCAUAAAGAUACGGGUGGAACGAAAAAGAAAAACUCCAGUGUCAUUUUCUCGACGUUUCAGGGAGAGUUGCGUGUGGAGACUCAGCAAGUCCUCGUUCGCCCAGACGCUGGCGAAAAUGAGAAACCCCGCUUUGAUAUCGCUAGAGACAGCAAAUCAACAACGUCUCCAUUUCUUUUCCUCGCCGUUGAUUUACCCCCACCGCCCCUGUUCCAGGAUUCUGUCGAGAAAAAUAUUAUCCCUCAAGUCAGCAUCCAUUCUGUUCUAGCAAAGUACGAUGGAAAAACUACGCAAGAGUCGGCGGGACAGCUAAGAAGAUAUAAAUGUCAGCGCCUACCAGAGUACAUUAUUUUGCACUUUAAAAGGUUCACGAAGAAUGCAUUUGUGGAAGAGAAGAAUCCUACUAUUGUCAAUUUCCCUCUUCGAGGAGUUGAUUUCCGAGACUAUCUCGAUGCACCGCCCUCUCAUCCGCCAACUGUAUACGAUCUAAUUGCCAACGUCACCCAUGAGUCGGUGGCAGGUACGACACGAGACAAAGAAAAUACUGUCUGGAAGGUUCAUCUCCGCGCUGCUGGAGGGGGUGGAGAAGGAGAAAAGUGGUUCCAAAUUCAAGAUCUUAUUGUAGAAGAAACCCGGAAGGAGAUGAUUUUCUUGGGCGAAACCGUUUUACAGAUAUGGGAACGACGUACCGAUACUUCCGAGUCUAAUGGAGAGUAUAUGAAAGGUAUGGUGGUCGACUAACAUGUUGAUGGCCCACAGCAUUGUGAAGGUGUGAACAGCGAGACAUCAAUACCAUAGCAUUAUGCACUGUAAAUAGCUAUCUUCUUUAUGACAACUCUCCUCGUGGUGAACUCCCUACAAUUGUUCUUGAAGGAAACUGGUUUGGAAUAUUUUGUGGCACUCGCAAGAACAUGGCUGUGAGUGCCAGAUAGCCAUAAUGGGCCAUGCCUGGCCUCAACCUCAGGACCUGUUACCAGUAUCUUGAGGGGGUGCUGCAGAAGAGCUUGAAGAUGAACUGGAGUCUAUAGCCGCAGACUGAUCUGGUAUAGCAGACGCUGAGUUCUGUUGAUUGACCUCCUCUUGUUUUGCGGCCAUUCCUUGGAAGAUUGGCUGAAAUAUGUAUGUACCCGACACAACGCCAGUUAACCCGGCCACAAUAUAUGGAAUGGCUCGUCGAGACAUGCGACAAUAAAAUCGUGUUC